CUGUGAACUGCCCGCCUUCACUUCGAAAUAGCGGGCAACGAGCCUCCGCUUCGACCGCUGGAGCUGCCCGCGCACGCGCUCGGGGUGUUCAGCUGCUGUCAGGAGUAGUUGCGCGUGUUUUUUCGACCUGUUCGUCGGGGCGCGCGCGAUGCUCCAGGCCCCCUUCCCCGUCAACGCCGCGCGCGCCGGCGACCUGCGGGCCGUCACGGCCUGGCGCCAGCGCUGCGCGACGACGGAGGCCAACCCGGUCGACGCGCGCUUCCCCUUCGACGAGUGGCGGCCGCUGCAGCUGGCGUGCGCCGAGGGCGACGCCGCCGCGGUCGAGACGAUCCUGGCGGCGGGCGCGGCCGUCGACGCCGCCGACCUGUCGCGGAUCGCGCCGUGCUCGACCGGGCUGCAGGUCGCCGCGCGCUACGGCCACGCCGAGGUCUGCGCGGCGCUCGUCGCGGCCGGCGCGCGCGCCGCCGCGCGCGACCGCCUCGGCUUCGCCGCGCUGGACUACGCCGCGGCGCACGGCCACGCGCGCGCCGUGGCCGUGCUGCUCGACGCCGACGCGGCCUGCGCGUGCGACCGCGCGCGGGCCGCCGCGCUCGCGCGGCGCGCGGGCUUCGCCGGCGUCGCCGCGACGCUCGACGCCGCGGCGGCGCGCGCGGCGUCUACGCGGACCGACCGCGACAAACUGAGGCGGUGGGUCGAGUCGAUCGGCUGCGGCGCGUUCUUCGACCGGCUCCUGGCGCUGGGCUACGACUUCGCGCUCGUCGCGGAGCAGGGCCUGGACGCCGCCGACGUGGAGGCGCUGGGGAUCCCGGCCGACAAGCCCGGCCUGGCCAAGAAGCUGCGCACGCGCCACCGCUUCCCCUUCGCGGGCGGCUCCGCGGCGUCCGGCGGCGGCUCGGACGAGGACGACGGCGCGUCCGACGACGAGGGCGAGGACGAGAGCGGGUCCGACGACGACGACGAGUCCUCGGGCUCCGGGUCGGGGUCCGAGGAGUCCUGAUAAUGUUUCCGAGUCAAGAUCUCGAGCUUAUUGAGCUACUAGUAGCCCCUGGG